AUGAAAUUUGAUAAAGAAUUAUAUCAAAGUCAAAUACCUGAAUGGUCUGGGUAUUAUAUUUCAUAUAAGACUUUGAAAAGACUCAUAAAUAAUGCAUUAAAAAAUGAGACUUUUAAUGAUAACAUUACAAAAAGUAAUGAAAUAGAAGACAUUAUAAAGAGAUAUGAAGAAUUUUUUACGGCUCUUGACUGCGAGAUCAAAAAAGUCAAUCACUUUUUUGAACAUAAACAUUCCAAUAUGAAAAAUAUCUAUCGAAAUUUAAAUGAAAAAAAUCGAUGGCUUCAUAAUGAUGUAUUAAGUGAUUCUUUAAACAAUUCAAAUGGAAAUAGGAAUUCGCUUUAUAGAACCAUUAAUUCGAAUUUUAAUAAAGAUGUGGCUUAUUCAGAAUUUUUAUCUGAAUUAGUUGAGACGAGAAAUCAAAUAAAAAAUCUCUUACGUUAUGCUAAUCUAAAUAUCAAGGGCUUCAAUAAAAUUUUAAAAAAAUUUGAUAAGAAGCUGAAAAAGGAGGUCAAAGAUGUCUAUAUAGAGAGAGAGGUCAAUUCACGUAUUUCAAGUUCUACGUUGAUUGAUACUUUGGAAAAAAUUGAACAGAUGAUUCGCGAGGUUCGCCAUAAAGUUGCUGAUAAUGAAAAAGUUAUUCAUGAUGGUAUUAUACCAUACCCUGAACUUUGUUCAGAAGAUACGAUUUUAGAGAAUGAUGAUGUGAUCUCUCUUUGUAAAAUUAUCACAUCCGUAGAUCAAAGGACUUUGAUUUCAUUGCUUUUCAAAGCAUGCCAUUACAAAGCCUUUAAAUGUAUAAAACAAUUAUUAGAGUCAGGUGUACACAUUCUUGAAGAUGAUGAUAUUAUUAAUAAACGUUCCAUAAUACAUAAGUUAGUGAUUAAUGGUGGAAUUUUACCUCAAGGAAAUGUCAUAAUUUCACCAGAUAUAUCCUCUAUUUCAGGAAAUUCUUUUUUAUCAAAUGAUUCAGAAAGAACAUUAUCCUUACCUGAUGAUUCAGAAAUUAUUUCUUGUAUUCUUGAAAAUCUUCCUUUAGAAUAUUCUCAAGUUUUAUCUCAUGAUGUUUAUGGUUUAAGUCCUUUACACUACGCAUCAAUUAAUGGAUGUGUAGAAAUAACAAAAAUAUUAUUGGAAUAUUUAAUCAAAACUGAACAAUUUCCAUUAAACCCGAAUUUUAAUAAUCAUGCAUGGUUCGAUGCUGAUGGAUAUACACCAUUAUUUCAUGCUGUAGUACAUGAUCAUGUUCAAGUCGUAGAUUGCAUCUUAGAAAUUGGAAAAAUUAAUGAUGUCGAUCUGGCAAGUAAUGUUCGAAACAUUUCUGAUUCACAAACUCUUCUUACAAUAUCUUGUAAAUUUGGUCAUCAUUUGACGACAGAAUUAUUGUUUAAUCGCGGUGCUAAACCAAAUGUCGUAAAUGAUGAUGGUGAAACACCUUUGCACUUGGCAUCUAGAGGUGGUUUUACCAACUGCGUAGAACUUUUAAUAAAUAAUAAUGCUGAUAAAGAAAUUAAACUAAAAUAUUAUGGAUGGACUCCAUUAUUUUUGGCAGGUAAUACACUUGAUCAAUUCAUUUCAUAUCAAUUAAUAUUAUUUAAAAGCUUAUAUACUAAAGAGUUUAAUUUUAAAGUGAUCGAGGGUCAUGCAGAAACAGUUAAAGCAUUGAUAAAAUCACGAGCUAAUCUUAACAUUAAGGAUGAAUUUGGCUGGACUCCAUAUAUGCACGCUGUGUUUCGUGGACAUUUUUCUUUUAAAGAUGAUUUACGUCCUUCAAGAGAACCUUUUCUUUCUUUACUAGUUGAGACCCCUCAAAACAUUAUAUCUCAACAAGAAGUUUCCACAAAAUCCAAAUUUAUGUCUGGUCAAUACCUUCAAGAUCAGUCAUUAAUAUUUGUAACACUAGGUACAACAGAUUCACGUCAGGAUAUAAGUUUUAUUGAAUUUGAUGAUACAAUAAAUCCUUCAUCUACACCUGUUUCUAUUGUUAUUUGGGCUAAAGAUGCUGCAGGAGAUAAGGUUACCAUUGACCUUCCUGUUAAAGAUAAGACUUCAAUUGACCCAAUAAUGUUUUUUGCAGAGCAUGAAAAUAUAAACAAUUUUACUUUAAUAUUUGAUAUAAUCCCAACUUAUGGGACUAAAAAACAAUUGAUAGGUCGUGCAACUGUUAUGCUUUCAUCAGUUGAAACAUAUUCUGGACCAAAUCACACUUCUCUUAUAGGAUCUGUCACAAUUCCUAUAGUUGAACCAUUAGGAUUAGAUGUUAUUGGUCGGAUAAGGUUUAGAUAUUUAGUUGCUGAACCUUUCAAGCAUAAAAAUUUAAUUGUUAGUAAUGAGCGUGCAUGUUGGAAAUCAUUAAGUACUAAAGUAAUUGGUCAUCGUGGAAUGGGUGCUACUGCAACAGUAAAAGGUUCACAGCCCUAUGAGAAUACUUUACAAAGUUUUAUGACAGCAGCUAAGCAUGGUGUAGAAUAUGUUGAGUUUGAUUGUCAGGUUACAAAAGAUCUUGUACCAGUUAUUUAUCAUGACUGGAACAUCUCAGAAACAGGUUAUGAUAUUCCGAUAUACUCCACAACUUUGAAGCAGUUUCGUAAUUUAAAAAGCAAUGGUAUUGAUGUAACCCCGACGCCUUUUACCACAUUGGCUGAAGCAUUUAAGAAUGUGCCAACCAAUGUUGGUUUUAAUAUUGAAUUUAAAUAUCCAAUGAUUGAUGAGGCAGAAGAAUUUAAACUUCCAGGAUUUUAUACAGAAUUAAAUAUUUUUUGUGAUACCAUACUCAAAUGUAUAUAUGAAAAUGCACAAGGACGUAAUAUAAUCUUUUCAUCAUUUCAUCCGGAGAUUUGUGCGAUUAUUAAUUGUAAACAACCAACUUAUCCUGUAUUCUUCUUAACUGAUUGUGGAGUUACACAAAUGGCCGAUGCCAGAUGUAAUUCUGUACAAGCAGCAAUUAGAUUUGCUAAAUUUAUUGGUUUAUCAGGUCUUGUUACUAAUUGUGGACCUAUUAUCGAAGCUCCUGGACUAGUUAAAGUUAUUAGGGGAUCUGGAUUAAAUCUUUUUACAUAUGGUUCAUUAAAUAAUAAUGUUGCGAACACACAAUUACAAAAAAGAGCUGGUGUAGAUGCUGUUAUUGUGGAUUCUGUAUUAGAAGUUAGGGAAGGGUUUAACGCGGUAUAA